AUGAGCGACAGUGCAGCCGCCGAAACGGCUCCUCCAGCCUCCGCCAGCACCAAACCCAAGGCUCCCAAGAAGAAGAAGGCGGCGGCCCCCAGGAAAAAACCAGCCGGUCCCGGGUUGGGCGAGCGGAUUGUGAAGAUUGUCGGGGAGAACAGCGAUCGGAAGGGGACGUCUCUGGCCGCUAUAAAGAAGGCGCUGCAGAGAAGCGGGGUCAAUGUGGAGAAGCAGAAUGCACAGAUCAGGAUGGCUACCAAGAGGUGCCUGGCGAAAGGCUCCCUGGUUCUGGUGAAGGGCCAGGGCGUCUCCGGCUCCUUCAAACUCCCAAAGAAUCAGGUCAAGGCAAAAGUGGGAAAGAAGGCGAGACCCGCAGCAGCCGCCAAGAAAGCAGCCGUGAAGAAAACAACGGCCAAGAAGGUGGCAGCGAAGAAAUCCCCAGCCAAGAAAGCAACAGGAAAGAAAGCGGCCGGCAAGAAGGCAGCAACGCCAAAGAAAGCGGCGAAGAAAGCAGCGCCUCAGAAAAAGACUCCCGUGAAGAAGGUGAAAAAGACCAAGAGCCCCAAGGCCGCAAAACCGGCCCCGAAAUCGGCAAAAUACUUGAAGAAACCAGUUGAUGCAAUAUUUCCUCGGUACAAAGCCGAGUGUGUGCAGUUGCUUCCAACUAACAGCAGGCACGUUCCUGUGAUCAAAAUGGAGAAUAUCUUUCCCAUAGUCAGAGCGGAUUGAAUCAGACUUACAUUGAGGUCAAUUUCCAGAGACUUGACCAAGGAAACAACCACCCAAUCCCAACUGAGAAAAGGCAAGUUUCUCUUUGUAAUGUUUCCAUUGCCAAUUGACAUCCCGCUAGUUCCAAUUAACAUCAUUCAUAGUCCAUCAACAUUCACAUCUUUGAAAUGUUAACGGGUGACUCUUUGUUGAAAGUACUCAAACAGGAACUGUAUCCAGUUUACAUUUAGGAAAUGUACUUUGCCUCAAACUGGACAGAGAGAGACUCCUCCUACCACCCCCUUGAUCAUGACCCUGCCGUGAUCACCAAAACAUCAUCUCCCAGACCAUCCACAACCUCAACCCCUCAGGUAACCUCCUGCCAACAGCCUUCAGCCUCAUCUUUCCCCAACGCCAUGUUAACUGUUUCUGCCUCAUUCCCAAAAUCCACAAACCCGACUGCCCCUGUUGACCCAUUGCCUCUGCAUGACCCUGCCCCAUCAAACUUAUCUCCAAUUA